AUGUUUGAUCUACCAGAAGCUAAGCGCGUCCGUCGAGAUGAGAUGCGUUCUCCGGCGUCAUCCCGCUCGCCAUCACCAUCAGCCGACGACUCCGAAGCCCGAGAUGCAUAUGCCAGAUUGGGGAAAUUGCUCAAUCUCGAUCAUUUGAAUGAUGCACCAGACACCGCAGAACAAGACAAUGACCCCUCUCAGCCUGUAGAGGAGGAUGAUGAACAAGAAUUCGAGUUUCGUUUGUUCAGUGCCCCCACCAAAUCUAAAGAAGAGACGACCAAACAAGUGGAUGGCGAGCAAGAUGAGAACGCCACGAAUACAGAGGCUAGGCCUGCCAGCACAACGCAAAAACUCCGCAUUCGACUUGAUUCGCCUACGCCCGGGUCUGGUGAGGGUGGACUUGUGAAGGCUUCCCGCGACUGGGAUUACUAUUUCUCUACGCCUGCGCUGUCAGGCACACACGACGGCGAAAUCGCAUCCGAGGACGAAGACCGGAUAGCGGAGAAGAAGAAACAGUUCGAGAACAUGGCUGUGAGUGGGGAUCAUAUGCUUGGGUGGGCUCAGUCGCAAGCUUGGCCCGGCUGCCAUUUGCCAUGGCGUGUCAUCCACCUUAAGCGCCAUCAAACCAAAAUGCCACGGCCUGCGGGCAGCCUCCCGAUUUACGUGGUGGAGGGUGCACCCGUGUCAAAGAGUCCACUCACCCGGAAGAAGCCCGGGAAGAAGAGGCGGGUGCAGCUGCGCAAGCGUGUUGUCGCUGCCCAAGUUGCUAAAGAGAAUGAGGCGGAGAAGCGAACCCGCAAAAACCGCGAGAGGAAGCUCAAGCGCAGACAAAAGGCCAGAGAGCAGAAGGCCGCGGCGGCUGGUGUCAGUGUGGAAGAUAUCGCUAUGGCCGACGGAGAUGAUGCCUCAUCGGGCGGAGAGAACUAG